ACAAUCAAAGAUGAUAUGCUUGAGGCACUGAUGCAAAUUUCUAUUAAUGGUCCAAAGGUGAAGGAAUGCAGCGGUGUUGUGAAGAAGUCAGUGCAACAGUGGUUAAAGGAGAAGCCUAGAAGAAAGCUGGCCAAGAAGACUGCAACUGGUAAUCAUAACACCUGUACAGUUUCAACCAGUGAUGCUGCAGUUCAAGUGGAGAUUCCUGAAACUGAAGACGAAGAGCCUGAGAAUAUUGAUGACAGCGAAGUAGUUCAGAUUGAGGAGGAAGAUCAGCUUCAACUUGAGGUUAAUGCUGCUAUUGCUGUGAUGAAACUACCAGAUGGUGGAGACAGUGACUCAGAUAGCGCUUUUGAGUCAGACAACGAUUAUGACUAACGUUAUUGUUAUGUGCGUACUCUAAAGUUAUAGUCUAGCAAAGCGUUACAUUGCUUCGUCCUUGCUAACUAGUCCUUGGAUAGCAGUUCUUUAUUUAUCCAAUGCUGCAGUUGUUUAAAUACCUUUUUAGGUAACAACCAGUUUUUAGUAGCUUUUACAAGCCAGGGAAACAAGUGGAAAUCAGUAAUGGAAAAUGCUAGUGACCAUAGAUUAAUAGUAGAUUAACAACAAAGCAAGUUUGUCUUUCAUUUUAUUUGUAAACAUUGUUUUCCUGUUUCAUUUGAUGUAAUACUUCUUGACUCUUGCUAUGCAUCUGCGAAUGCUUCACAUUGCUGUAUAAUGUAUAUAAUGAAACAUUCCCAAGAUUCAGUAUUCUAUGGGUGACGUAAUCCUUUUAUUAAAAUUGAACUUCACCUGAAAAACUAAAAACAGUUGUCACUAAUGCUGUUGUUACUUAAUCAAUAUUUAGUACUGGAUUUGAUACCAGAAUGCAGGAAAUGGC